AUGGAAAUAAACUCCGACGUUAAUGCAGCGGUUCCUUCGGAGGUUGACCAACAAACAAAUGACGAGGAGAAGCUGCCGCGGCGGAUUUUGCCGCUUGGACCAGAAGUCGUCAGUCGCAUGGCAGCUGGAGAGGUGGUCGCCCGUCCCUCGGCAGCGCUAAAAGAGCUCUUAGAGAACGCCAUCGACGCCGGUUCGACACGUAUAAGCGUGUCGAUAAUUCGUGGCGGGAUCGUUCGUCUUGAGGUUGUCGACAACGGGUGUGGAAUCCGAGUGCAGGACGCCCGGUUGCUAUGCGAACGCCACACCACGAGCAAGUUGCGUUCAGUGGAGGAUCUCGCCAAGGUCGCCACCUGUGGCUUUCGGGGUGAGGCGCUCGCCUCCAUAUCACACAUCAGCGAACUUUGCAUAGUUUCCCGGACGCAUCAUGAAGAGCACGGCUGGAGAGCGAGCUAUCGGCAGGGGAAACUGGUGGCUCCUGGGGUGCAGGCCGCAGCCCGGACACCGGGUACCACCAUCCUGGUGACGGAUAUGUUCCGCUCCAUGCCCGCUAGAUAUGAGAGUUUUCUUCGCACGCACGCUGAAGAAUACCGUCAGAUGCUUAGUAUCGUAUCCCGUUAUGCACUCUAUCAUUCCGGGCGAAUAGCGAUGUGCUGUCGGAAGCGCGAGACUUGCGCUCUGCGAGCGACGGAAGCGGAAACCGACGACCUUCAUACGUUUGUCCAUGCUAGCCACUUGGAUAACAUUCGAGCUAUAUUUGGACAGAAGGUGGCAUCCUCGUUGGGAACACUCGGAUGCCGGGUGCUUCACCGAGUGCAGCACGCAGUUGCGGGUACCGUCCAGGAGGCAGAAAUCUUGCUUGAGCGCGCGUAUUUCAGUCUGCUUGGAGCGAGUCAGACGAAACCAUUGCAUAUCUAUUUUGUGAAUGGGCGCCUCGUCGAGUGUCGUACUCUCCGGAGAGCCAUCGAGCAACUGUACGCCAGGUACUACUUGAAAGGUCCGCAUCACCCGUUUUGCUAUCUGGAGCUGAAGGUGCCCCCUGAAAUUCUUGAUGUGAAUGUGCAUCCGGCAAAGAAAGAAGUUCGUUUUCUCGAUGAGCAAAUUGCCUUUUCCAAUAUCGUGCAGGCGUUAGAGCAACAACUCAUCAGUAGUGGCGCGCAACGGAGUUUCGCGGUGCAGGCGCCUCGGGUACGUGCCGGCUCUGGCACAGCUGCGUUGCUGCCACGGGACUCGGACGCAGAGGCCGCCCGAGCCACUGUCAGCCUCGAGUCGUUGCGGGAAGCACUCAUCGGGAGCACUCGCAAGCGUGCUGCUGAAGCGAUGGCGGGUCCACCGAACGACGCAGGUACCGGGAAAGUUGUCGCUUGCGCGAACGCCCAGGAUGGCGGAUCAAGGCAACUGGACGCUGCAGACUGCUGGGAACAGCUUUGUACAGAGCACAAGCAGCGUCUAUUUAGUCAGCGAUCAUCUACGUGUACACUGCCGCCGUCGCAGCGAAUUCGAGUCGAUGCUCAAUCUACCAGGCUGGAGCAAUGGCAGAGCGUUACUGGGGUCAUACAAGGACGGGUACGCGUAUUGACAACGCCCGCACGCUCAGCAGGGCACAACGGGGAUAGCACGCUGUCCCGCUGCCUCCAGUUAGAAGCGACGACAACGCGAGAGCGCAUCGCAGAAGCGCUCCACAGGGAAUGUGUCGAUGGGUAUUCGCAUGCGAUUGCCGAGGUCUUUCGCGAGCACGUCUUUGUUGGUGCUGUUGACGAUCGUUGCUGUUUGAUUCAGUUCGGUACUGCGCUUGUUGCGGUCGAUUUGUCACGGAUACUGGAGGAACUCUAUUAUCAGCAGCUUGUAGGUGCUUUGGAGCCGCAACCCGCAGCAACGCCUAUCGUCCGGCUCCAAUCUCCUUGGGUCGUAGAGCUCGAUGUCUCGAAUCGCCCGAGUGUGGACGCAAACGGCGAGUUUCUUUCCAGUUGGUACUCAUAUGCAUUGGAGCUCGCUUUCUACUGCGGGAUUCAUCUCUGUCUUGAGCCGUUAUGUCCUGAAAUAGGGCACAUGAGUGAACUCGGGGAAGGUCCAACGCGUCUCAGCUGCUGGUCGGCGAGGCCGCAGGCUCUCCACCUGUAUCUGCACAGCCUUCCAUGGGUAGAUUGUUCGGUGGCGGUUCAUCCACGAGCCUCGAGCUUGACGCUUUUCGGUGAUCGCUUAGUGCGUUAUCGGCACGAAGCGGAUCGCCAGACUCGAAUACGGCAGGUUAUUCGGGCACUGGCGCUUCUGUAUACAGAGAGUUACCUAGAAGCGUUCACGAUGGAAAAGCACUCUACCGAGGAUCUAGCUGCCAUAGCUGGAGCAGCCGAACGCGUUUUAAUCCUUGUUCGCGAUCAUGAACGCUUUCAUGCGCCGGCGGUUUGGGGGCGGGAUGGUACGCUCACGGUGGUUGCGCGAACGGAACGGCUCUAUCGCAUCUUUGAACGCUGCUGA